GGCAGAAUAACGAGCACACAGUAAACGCCUACAGGAAGGAAUCAAUACUUGGCAAGAACGAACCCACCUUCUAUCAAGCCUACCUCCUCCAAGAACUACAUUUCCCGGUAUGCUUGGCGCCACGCUCUCCUGUGACGUAAAAAGAGCGGCAAUUACUUCCUAUGGCCCCUUAGCCUUUGACCACCAGUGCCGCACUGUUUCACGGGUAAAGUAGUUCUAGCGCUCGUGGUCCGCCCCCCGGAAAAGUGAGAACAAACUAAACUUCCCAUCAAGCAGCGCUCCGGCCUGGGAAGAGGGGCAAGAUGGCGGACGCUGAAGAUGGUAUAUUGCGGCCGGCGAGAGCCUCCAGCGUCCCAAUUUCAUUCAGCUUCAGUCGAGUAUCUGCCCGGAUUCGGCUGGCGGGAGACGGCGCGGGUGCGGCUCCGGAGGAUAAGGAUUUCUUGAAGACCGUGGAAGGGAGAGAGCUACAGAGUGUGAAGCCCUCAGAAGCCCCCAAGGAACUUGUCAUCCCUUUGAUCCAGAAUGGCCAUCGCAGGCAGCCACCCACCCAGGCCCCUGGACCAUCCAUACAUCCUGAGGUCUUGGCGGAUGGAAUGCUGUCCCAAGCUGUGAAGGAACUCAUUGAGGAAUCCAAGAAGUCUCUGGAAGAGAGAGAGAAUGCGGGUGUCGACCCCACGCUCGCUAUCCCCAUGAUCCAGAAAGGAUGCACCCCCAACGGGGAAGGGGCAGACAGCGAACCCCGGGCUGAGACAGUGCCAGAGGAGGCUGAUUACGAGGCAGUCCCUGUGGAGGCCUACGGGCUGGCUAUGCUGCGGGGCAUGGGCUGGAAACCUGGCGAGGGCAUUGGCCGCACCUUCAAUCAAGUGGUGAAGCCUCGUGUCAAUGCACUGAGGCCCAAGGGGUUAGGGCUGGGCGCCAACCUGACUGAGGUCCAGGCCCUGGCCCCCACGGGCCCCCACCGGCUGCCAAGGCCAGAUGAGCAAGAGAAGGAUAAGGAAGACCAGCCUCAAGGACUGGUGCCUGGAGGAGCUGUGGUGGUUCUUUCUGGCCCUCACCGUGGCCUCUAUGGGAAAGUGGAAGGCCUCGAUCCUGACAAUGUUCGAGCCAUGGUCCGUCUGGCCGCAGGGAGCCGCAUGGUGACUGUUAGUGAGUACUGCCUGCGGCCUGUCUCCCAGCAGGAGUUUGACAAGAACUCCUUGGAUCUCAGCCAGGUGAGCAAAACCUCAGGGCAACAGAACGGAACAGCCUCAUCACGAAAGGCUCUUCGGAAUCAGGACCUCCACGGCCGGCAGGAGGACUCAGAGAGGAAGCGGAAACACCUUCCAGACCGACAGGAUGGGCCUGCAGCCAAGAGUGAGAAAGCAGCCCCCAGGAGUCAGCACUGGUUGCACAGGGACCUGCGCGUGCGGUUUGUGGACAAGCUGCACAAGGGUGGCCAGUAUUACAACACCAAGAUGACAAUUGAAGAUGUCCUGAGCCCAGAUACUUGUGUGUGUCGGACAGAUGAAGGCCAGGUCCUGGAAGGCCUGAGGGAAGACAUGCUGGAGACCCUGAUCCCUAAGGUCGAGGGCAACCGGGUGAUGGUGGUGCUGGGGCCACAGGCUGGAAGGGUGGGCCGUCUGCUGGACUGGGACAGAGAGCGGAGCCGGGCUCUGGUGCAGCUGCGGAGAGAGAAUGAGGUGGUAAAGCUUCACUAUGAUGCUGUCUGCCAGUACGUGGGCCCCAGCGACUCGGAUGAAGACUGACCUGUGGACACACUCCCAUCCCCCAGGCUGUUACCAGUCCUGCACGGUGUGGAGAGACUGCCUUCACGAAGGUGGGGAGGUUGUUGUUCUGCCCUCCACUUUGCAGCGCAGCCCUGGGACAGGGUCAGGGCACAAGCUGGAUGGACCAGAAGGGAGGCUAGAAGCAAACCAAUAUUUACCAGAAGUUAGUGUAUAAUAAAAACCAUUUCAAAUACCAAGUAAAA